CAUAUCCCUCUCAAUCUCUCUAGCUACUAGCUAGAUCUAUCCUAGCGAUAAUUUUCAAUCACUCACGAUGUCUACCACUAGGGAAGGUGAGGAACAUAAUCGUGAAUCUCAAGAGGCGAGGCUGCAGAGGGUUGAAUCAAGUAAUAUUGCUGGUAUUGAAAUGAUGCUUAGCAAACUUGUCGACUCUCUUGCUCACAACCAACGACAAAUGCUAGAGGCUCAAGCACAAAGCCAACAGCAUUUGCUAGAGUCGCUAACUACAAAUUUUAAUAAGGGUCUAGAGGAAGUACUAAAGCAUCAAAACAAGGCAUUAGCAAAUCCAACUGGUGACAAGAAAGUUAAAGCUGAUGAAAAGAAGCAAAAAACUGCUGAAAACGCUGUCGUUCCUUAUGUUGUGGAAGAAUACGCGACUCUGUUUUCCGCAGCAUAUUGGGGUGACUGGGACGACGCUAAAGAGUAUUUUGAGACUCAUCCAGAUUCAAUAACAAAAAAAAUUACAAGUGAUUCAGAAACAGCAUUGCAUGUAGCUGUCAAGUUUAAAGAGUGGAACUUCGUGGAGGAGAUUGUGAAAUUCAUAUCCGUAGAUGAUCUUGAAGCAAAGGAAAAAUCUGGUUUCACAGCACUACACAUGGCUGCCGCACAUGGAAAUAUUAAAGCUGCUGAGUCUAUGGUAAACAAAAAUCGGAAAUUGAUAAUGCUACUUGAUAAUGAUGGAAAUAUACCACUUGAAACCGCAAUUUCAAACGUGUCAGACGGACAAGACAAGACUGUUAAGUAUCUUUAUAUAGCAACUCUAAAGAACUACCCAAGUCUAUUCUCGGGUCCUCAAGGUGCUAAGCUUUUGUGCUGCACAAUUGAAGCGGGUUACUUCGAUGUCGCAAUCUCGAUUGUUGAACGGUUCCCAGAUUUGACCAUGGAGAAAAUCGAUAAAAGGGAUUUGUACGCAUUAGAGUCGGUCGUCUGCAGGCCGUUUUCAUUUCUUAGUGGAACCAAGUUACCAUGGUGGCAGCGCUUCAUCUACUUGUUUAUUCGUGUGAAUCUAUGCUCACCAUAUGACAAUCUUGAUUCGGAAGAAGACAAAGAGAAUCCUCUGGAAAACCUAGAAAGCACCAUUAGGGCCGACGAUGAAGAGAACCACUUGGAGAGUUCAGAAGGUCCUAUAAAUAGAGAUGAAGACAGUCAUUUGGAAAGUUAUCAAGUUCCCAUUAGAGACGAAGAGAAUCCUUUGGAUAGUUCAGAUGGACAAAUAGUAGACGAAGAGAAUCCUUUGGAUGGUUCAGAUAGCAAAAUAGGAAACGAAGAGGAUGAAAAUGACGAGACAGAUAAACUCUCAUUGGUAUCCACAGAGAGUAAAAAAGGACUGAUAAAGUUCAUCUCUGAACGCAUCAUGCCUUCGUAUCUUGCACGAGUGCCUUUUGUGAAACGUCUGUACAACAAAAAAUUGAUGCACAAACAAGCCAUUCUUUUGGUUAAAAAGAUGCUAGAGCAAAUAGACGACAAAACCACUACUGUCGCAGAAGUUAUCGAGUUUCUAAACAAAACAUCCGUCGUAAACAUGGCUAUAAAAAAUGGGAUCACUGAGUUCAUUAAGGAGUGUCUGGACAUAUUCCCUUUUGUCAUUUCACAUGAUUUGAGAGGUGAAUCAAUGAUUCAGAUAGCCAUUGCAGAAAGAAAUGAGGAGAUUUUGAAUCUCUUAUUGGAAGCCGGGAAAGAUCAAAGAGAUGAUUUGCUUUGUAAAGUAGAUGAAAGUGGUAACAGUAUUCUACACUACGUUGCCAAAAUCGCGCCUUCAUACCACCUCAACACAAUAUCAGGCGCUGCUCUACAAAUGCAACGAGAAACACAGUGGUACAAGGGGAUUGAAAGUAUGGUACAUCCAUUCCUGAAACACAUGAGAAAUGUUAAUGGGGAUACAGCUCAAUUCGUAUUCACCGAAGAACACAAGAAGUUAGUGGCGACAGGAGAAAAAUGGAUGAAAGAGACGUCUGGAUCGUGCAUGGUGGUUGCAACCCUUAUUGCUACAGUUGCAUUUGCAGCUGCUUUCACUCUCCCAGGAGGUAAUAUUAGUGAACUUGAAAGCCCUAAAAAUGGGUUCCCAGUUUUCUUGCGGAAGAACACAUUUGCAAUGUUUGCGCUGGCAGACGCUGUAGCUCUAUUCUCGUCGAUCACCUCGGUUAUUAUGUUUUUGGCUAUCAUGACCUCUCGUUACUCCGAAGAGGAUUUCCUGGUAUCGCUACCACAGAAACUGAUACUUGGUCUUGCAAAUUUAUUCCUUUCUAUGGCUAGCAUAUUGGUAGCUUUCGGUGCAGCAUUAUUCCUUGCUCUUCGAGAUCGAUAUGCAUGGACACCAAUUCCAAUAGCCAUUUUUGGUUUAAUUUCUAUGUUCCUAUUUGCUCUUGAGGAGUUUCCUUUAUUUUUUCAAAUGGUACGUGUCACGUAUUGGCCUCGAGUCUUGAAAUCAAAGAACCGCCGUUCUACUUCAUCCGAUAAGGUAAACCGACUAACUAUCAAGCAAAACAGCAUCAAGCAAAAGGCCAAGAAAGACAAUUAAAACCAGAUCUCUUAGUCUCUUGGAUUACAUCAGUGUUCUCUCUGUUUGGUUUGGGAGAUUUUUUUUUAAUUCCUUUGUAUUAAUCUUUUGGAACUUUGUUGUUUUCUGAUCAAUGAAAUUGCGCUUUGUUAAUUACAUACCUCUUUUCUAAUUUAAUUGUGAACA